CCUACAGCCGGUUGCCAUGGGGACUCCCUGCCACACUGGAAGACGGAAGAUUUCCAACCAUUCUGUCACUCCCCAGAUCUGGCAGUUUAUGGGACACGAAUCGUUCUGGCCUCGUCCUUGCUGCUGCUUUCCGUCAGUUCGGUGAGAAGACCGGACCCUGCGCCCUCGCCAGACUUCUCGCCAUCCGGAAAGAGCUGCUUUUGCAGAAGAGAUUUAGAAGAUGGAGUGUCAGACCGACUGCGGCUUGGAUAAGAAAAGUAUUUUGACUUCAGAUGAAGAAAUGAAACCUGAACCACCAACUCCAUGUGUGAACCCUGGCAACCCUGUGUUUUCCUGUAUGUUGGAUCCUAAGACACUCCACACAACCACGUCACUGUCCAAACCACAGAUGAUCAUGUACAAAACCAAUUCCAGCCAGUAUGGUGCAUUCUCACCCAGGCCCCAUUUCUUUCCCUGCAAGUACACUCCAAAGGAGCAAGUGUUCUCCAGUCACAUCAGAGCAACCGGGUUUUAUCAAAACAACAGCCUAAAUACUGCCCCCGACAGAACCAGAACCAUCGAUUUUCCUAAUUUCCAACAUACUCUAUGAGAACACACCCUCCUGACACCUGAAGAUAAAUUGUCCUCAAGAAUGUUAGUUUUUAAGUCUAGAAUACCUCAUUUUUUAACAUGAAAAGAUUUAACAACUUUUAACAAAAAGAUAUGAAUACAUGUUCUAAAAAUACUUUUAAGAAAUAAAAAAUGUAACUGAUAACUUAA